CCAAACUGUCGUUAAACUCAUCCUAGCGAGGUUAAAUUGUCAUCUAAAUCUGGAAAAAAACAACUGUUUUCAAUUUUAACAUUGGUUUUCUUUGGCGCGGUUGCAUUAUUCUCAAUUUAGAACCUAGCAAUUGAGAUUGGUUUCGAAAUGGAAAAUUUGCUGUCCAUAUUAGUUAUUUCAUUGUUGGCCUUAUUCAAAGGUAGCAAUGGUCUGAAUUGUCUGCAGCAGACAACAGCCCAGUGUAGCGAGUGGGGUUGUGCCAAUGUCAAUUCAACGGACUUCACAGCCACUGCUUGCGGGACAUUAACGAACGACAGAUGCAACACACAGCGCAACUACCAGACUAAUGCUCAGAACACAGUGGAUGUGUACAGUACCCUGACUGAGUGUGCGGAUAUUGACAAGACUGGCUACUACUGUGACUUCAGCCAGAGAGACGCGGCACAGUGUGACCUCUACUGCACCACAGACAACUGCAACGACCCUUACCAGCACACCAUAACUACAAUCAACCCCACCUCGUGCGUGCAAUGUACAAGUGAGGACGACACCAGUGGCAACUGCUACAGCAGUCCACCCGGCGCCACCACCUGUCAGAACUCCGCCCAACAGUACUGCUCCACGCUACACUCCGUCGUGCUGGAUCUGAAUGGGGCGGUGUCGCACAACAUCGUGUUUCGAGGGUGCUCUCAGUACAACCACUCGGACGGAUGCUGGGCCGACACAACCCAGCUGACCAGCAAUGUCACAAUCGGAACCUCAGUCACUUGCUCCAAGACAUGCGACACUGCGGGAUGCAACAAUGAAGCCCUGCCGCUGAACCUGAAGGGGAGUGGCCUGAUCUGCAAGUCAUGCAACUCGACCCACGGUGGAGGGUGUGGACCGGCUGACAUCAAAGACAUGACCUGUCCCGCCGGCAGCAACUACUGCUACACCAAGGUCAUAUACACAGACGGAGACUACUAUAACGAGGAGAACGAUGCGACGACGUUCAACCACGAGGUGCAGAUCAUCUACGAGUUCAGAGGCUGUGGCACCAGUGCAGUCACUUCCCAGUGCACCUCCAACCCAAUCACCAGUGAUGUGGCAGGGAGCAACCUGGACGUGCACUCGUGCGAGGAGACAUGCACUGGACACAAGUGCAACACCGAUUGGCCCACUCGUCCUCGAUGCUCGCAGUGCGAUGGCUACUACUGGAUGGGAGGCAGUCUCCUCACAGCCGCCUCCAGCAGCUACAUCACUCACUGCAAGAACACCCCACCCCCUCCCGAGAAGUGCCCCGACCCCUCCUACAAGUACUGCUACGUCUCUGAGAAGUACAUCGCAGAUGGCGACAAUGACGUGAAGUGGGGCUACUCGACUGAGUUCCACCGGGGCUGUCUUCGGGAGAGUGACUUCAGUGCCUGCAAAGACUACCGCUGGAGGGAUGAGAGAGAGGCGCACUACUGCCAGUUCGUAUGCCAGGAGGACGACUGCAAUCAAGGAUCACCCGCCGCUCACAUCGUGUUGUCGGCUGGAUCCAUUGUCGUGGCGGUGGCCUCGUUCAUUUUCACACACCUCAACUAAGCCGGAACUGAUAGAACCGAACAGGAUGCUUCCGAAUGACAAAACCAAUAUGACGAAGAAGACUCGUACCUUCAGUGAUUGUAUAUUUGGUCAAAUCUGAUUGGUUUUCGACAUGGCUGAUUCUGUUAGGUUCACACUUUCCGCCCGAGCUGAAGACUCGAUUUUUCCUGCAAUUAUUUCACAAUUAGUUCACUUCCGUUAAUUAGAAAUUGUAUAUCAUGUUCUGUAUAUACUGUAAUAAAUGCAUUGGACAAAAUUUCAUAUCGAUUGUUCGAAUUGUGCAUUUAGAACACCUAAUGCAUAAACAUCUGAACUAAAAAUCAAAACCAUUUAUGAAUGUAAAUAAUAUGGAAAUGCAGCGCCAUUCAAAUCUAACAAGUGAUUGAGAAACUAUUUUUGAAAUUAAGUUUUCAUCGCA